AGUAAUCUCGACGUGUAUUUGUUCACUUCACACCGGAAGCGUUCUAGGCAAUAACAUCGAGAUGAACUGCCUUAUGUGAGCUGAUCGUUGGUUAUAUUUUGUUAAUAAGGAGCAAUUUACUAAUGAAUUCCCUAAAGGAUGACAUCCGAAUUAGCAUUAGACUUAAAAAAGCAAUAUUAUCGCGAAAUGGAUAGUGAGACGGGCAACAUCGCUAUCGACCAGGGAGGCGAGUGGGACAUAAGCCUGUUCGAUGAGUUGGACAAACUGGGAGACACAGAUGAGUUUCUUGAGGCUCUGGGUCAUGCUAACUUUGCCAUCGAGGGUCAUGACCUGGACUUUGACAUUGACAUACCUCUGUGGCAUGAAGUGGACAGAAGCAGCACCUGCACAGAUGGUGAGGUGAGUGUGGACUCUCUUUCACCUGCCCACACUCUGAGCUCAGUCCCCUCUCCUUCUUCUGUGGAAACCCAGUCUCCGUACUCACUCCUAGAGGAGGCCCUGUCCCCGCAGUCACUGCCCUCUCCUGUUUUAAUCAGCUCAGAGUCCAAUGGUUUUUCUGAAACUUCUCCAGCAACCAAGAAAGCCCCAAGGAAGACAAACCAGACUGCACGAGCCAAAGCAGCUCAGCCCAUCAAAAGGCUAAUUCAAUGUGGCCCGACGGUUUCCAUCCAGCCCAAGCCGAUAAUUACAGCUGUGCCUUUGGCUCAUGCAGCAGCUUCCCUUCAGACUAAGACAAUCAUCAUCCAGCCUCUGCAGACCACUGUUCUGCCUGUGGUCAAGCCUGCUCCAGUUAACAUCCAACCAGCGCCUCCUCCAGGACGUUCUAUAGUGCUGUCUCAACCAAGCCAGGUGCUACGGAUCCAGACACCACAAACAGUCCCCAGCAAUGUUGUUACCAUGCCAACGCUGAGCCAGGAUAGGCCUGUUCCUGUUAGUGCUCCACCAGUGGUCUCCAUCCCUCUUCGAACGUCUUCCUCAGAUGAAGAUUCAGUGUUGUCCCAGAGGCAACAGCGCAUGAUAAAGAACCGUGAGUCAGCAUCCCUGUCUCGUAAAAAGAAGAAAGAGUAUCUGCUCUCACUGGAAGCUCGUCUGAAGGUGGCGUUGUCUGAGAAUGAGGCACUCAAGAAUGAGAAUGGCAACCUGAAGAGACAGCUGGAGGGCCUGUUGAGCGAGAACACAGUACUGAAGGCAACGGCUCCCAAGAGGAGGGCUGUGUGCCUCAUGGUGGUCUUGGUUUUCCUCAUGCUCAACAUUGGACCAAAGAGUCUGUUUCAGGGGGGCCCAGGCUCCAGCCUUGAUGCUGCGUCCAUGCAGCACAGCGGCAGACACCUGUUAGGUUUUUCUUCAGAGGAAGUAACUGAAGCUGUGGUGGACUCGAACCCCGUCAGCACCGCCCAACCUCAGAAGGUUGACAGUUUUGAGGAUAAGGCCCUCAUGGUGGUGAAGGACCCGAUCUUUCUCAGACCUCCUCCCCCCUGCCAGCCUCCUAUCAACAGGACCAAAUGCAUACAGUUGGCCCAUGACUUGAGGGGUUGGAUCCACCGUCAUGAGGUGGAGCAGACAAAGUCUAGGCGAAUGAGUAAUGGCAAUCACAAACCCAGUCGGACCAUCCUGAAAACUGAGGACAAAGAUGAUGAUGACGAUGAUGGUGCCCAGAUAGUGACAGUCCAGUAUACAGAAACAAAACAGGAAAAGAGUCCUGGCAGCGAGUUACAGAUAUACUACGCACCUCAUCACACCUAUACUGACUUCUUUGACGCAUUAAAUCGGCGUGGAGACACAUUCUACAUUGUGUCUUUUCGCAGGGAUCAUCUUCUUCUUCCUGCCACCAACCACAAUAAAGGAAGACGGCCCAAGAUGUCUGUGGUGCUGCCAGCCAUAAACGACAGCGUUAUAAGGGAUGGAGACGUUGAGGUAAUGAUGCAGAUCGACUGUGAAGUAACAGACACGAGGAUCCUCCACAUCCGAUCCGCCACAAUCCCACCUUUGUUGCGGGUCAACAACACAGACGCGUUGGUCCAUCCCACCCAAACUGAAAGCCAAACCCCUCCUCCUGUCGGGGUUCUAAUGGGUUCUGCAUAAGAUCAAAGUCAGAAGAAGGAGAUGAGAAUUAAAUGCUUUUUUAAAUUUGUGAAGUAUGACUGCUUUGUAGACAAGUUAAGAGAAUGCAGUCUGUCCAAACUCAAGUCUUUGUUUUUGUGUGUGUCUCUGUGUGUGUCUCUGUGUGUGUCUCUGUGUGUGUCUCUGUGUGUGUCUCUGUGUGUGUCUCUGUGUGUGUGUCUGUGUGUGUGUGUUUUUGCACUGGUAUGCAAAACGUGUGUGGUAAUCUCCGAGCAAAAUAUUGGCUCACUGGGUGGUAACCCUGAGUUCUCUCUGUAACCCCUAAAGCUUGUCAUAUAAGGGUAAUUGUUGAACAACAGGAGGCUGGGCAGUGAACCCUGCAUCACCCCAUCAUAUUGCCAAAUAGUUUUAUCCCAUAGUGGCUCUCUUCAUGUCUCCUCUUGAGCUGUUCUUCCCUGUUUUUGGCCAAACUGUAAGAUCAGAGCUUUGAAAACAAACUGAUAAUACACCUCAGAUUAACAAUUUAAGACCAAGAUGUUCACUCAGAGAUUUAAGGAAUGAUUUGAUAUCUGUGUCUAGACCUCAAAAUUCUGUAUUUAUACUUUGAAAAUAGAACUUUUUGUUUGUUUUGCACUUUUCUAUUUGUUAAAUGCCGAAUCUGUUGCAUUCACAAAUAAAAGCAUAGCAUAAACUCAGGAAAGCCAGCAGUCUAAGGCACUCUGUUGAUUGUAGGUUAUUUUGAAGGCUUUUUUUCUGUUGUAUUGAUGAAAAAUUUCAGUUGCUCAUUCUGUGGCUCUUUACACUGUCCUGAACUGAUUCAUAUGUUUUAUUAUCUAAGAGUAUUGCCAGCUUUUGUGUUUGGAAACAGUUGACUCAACUCUUAAAAUAUUUCACAUAUCGUGUUUUUUUUAAACUAUCUUUAAUCUCAUGUGGGGAACUUCUCAUUUUCAUCGUCCACAGGAAAUACUUUAUGUAUCAGAUGUUGUAUAGGAGGGUUAUGGUGUGCUUUGCACUGGGUUUGUUUCUUUCAUGGCGACUUGGUUUUGAAUAAUUGGUUUAUCGCUUAACUUCAGGAUGUUAACCAUUUUGCUCUACCAGAUGCGUGGUGAGGUAAAAACAUGUUGUAUGUACCAGCUCAUUAAACCUGUGAUAAAAUGUCUGUUCAGAUGGAGUUGGAUUGUCUGGUAGAUUUUUGUACAGAUUUACAUUCAAAAUGCAGAAUCUGAAAAAGUUUUUUGUCUCACCUGUAUGUGGAUAAGUGCGUAUGUACUUGGGGUGAGGUUUGGGGUGUUAAAUUGUCAAGAAUUUUAUGAAAAUGUUCUAACUGUAUGCUGACAGCACUUGGGGACAAAGAUUCCACUAAAUACCUUGUUUUGCUGUUUUGUGCAUAAACUAGAAUAAACACUCGAUUGUCUUU